GUACUGGUUCACUUGCCAUCGAGACAAAUCAAGCCAUCAUGACGACCAGCCAAACCCCCGCCGAUCUCAGGAAGAUCAUUGGAGAAACGCUGAGAGCCUUCAUAUUCGCAUACAAGGACGGUGGCGAACAAAACGAUCCUGCCAUCAUCAACCGCGAUGUCACCGCAGAUUGCACCCGCCAUCUGCUCCCAGCCUCCCUGACCACAUCCCUCGGUGCUCCAGCCGACUUCGUCAUAAGCAACGACGAGUACCAGAAGCUGUUUGCUGCCGACCUCAAAGCCGGCUCAGUGCAGAAGAUCGUCAUUUCGAACUUGACCAUCGACGUUGAGGCUAGGAAAGCCGCGGCCACUACCGUCUCCGACAUGGUCUUCAAGGAUGGCGAGACGAUUGUGAUGGAGCACUCGUGGAUCCUGGAUUUCACCGAAGAUGGUUCAAAGGUCAAGAAAGUCAUCGAGUUUUGUGACCCUACUUCUGUUCAUCAAAUGCUGGCCAAGGUCCAGGCGGGGGAUCAGGAGGCGGUGCUACAGUCAGAGCAGUGAAGAAGGCUGGCCAUAUUUGUCAUGCCAUGGGUGCUUGUCCGAAUCAGUACGAGGUUGGUGUGAGAUGAGACGAAUAGCUCUAGAUCAAUC